CACUUAUUCGCGAAUUUCGUGCAGCGUAAAUAUCAGCUUGAAUUUUGCUUCCCUUGUGUACUCCAAAUAACUAUCAAUGACUAUUAAUAUUUUUAAAAUUCGUAUUAGGAGCUUAAUUUAGUUUUUUUUGGCGACAUUGCUAUCGAAUCUGUUGUGGUCGGUAAAAAGAUAGAUUCCGCAUGAUUAUUUAGGGGAAAGGUCGCACAGUGUGGGAUUUUUAUAUGAGUGCUCACUAUUUGAAGCGUACACGAGAACAACUAGUCAACAGUUAGAUUCCGACUUUGUUCGUUAUCAUGUCACUGCUCAGAGGGGUCUUCAUUGUAGCCGCCAAGCGCACUCCAUUCGGCACCUACGGCGGCGUCCUGAAGGAUCACAGUGCAACAGACCUGGCCGAGCAUGCGGCCAAAGCGGCCCUGGCGGCGGGCGGUGUAGCGCCCGAGCUCAUCGACAGCGUCAUCGUGGGGAACGUCAUGCAGAGCUCAGCAGACGCCCCCUACAUCGCACGCCAUGUUGGUCUGAGGUGUGGCGUUCCCAUCCCGGUGCCCGCUCUCACUGUCAAUAGGCUGUGUGGCUCUGGUUUCCAGUCGAUCAUCAAUGGGGCUCAGGAGAUUUGUGUGAAGGACUCAGAAGUGGUGUUGUGUGGUGGUUCAGAGAGCAUGAGCCAGGCUCCGUACGCCGUUCGCAACAUUCGAUUCGGUACAAAGUUUGGACUCGAUCUCAAGCUGGAGGACACCUUGUGGGCGGGGUUGACUGACCUACACGUAAAAAUCCCGAUGGGCAUUACAGCAGAAAACCUGGCUGAGAAGUACAAAAUAACACGAGAGGAUUGUGACAACUACGCGUACCAGUCGCAGCAAAGAUGGAAAGCAGCUCACGAGGCUGGCCGCUACACUGCAGAAAUCGCUCCAAUUGAUCUGAAAUCAAAGAAAGGCCAAGUGUCCAUGGCUGAGGAUGAACACCCUCGUCCUCAGACCACAAUGGAACAGAUGGCUAAACUUCCUACCGUCUUCAAGAAGGGAGGCACCGUUACUGCUGCUAAUGCUUCAGGCGUGUCAGACGGUGCUGCUGCAUUGGUGAUUGCCAGCGAGGAUGCACUCAGUCAACACAAGCUCACUCCACUGGCCAGAAUUGUGGCCUAUCAUGUGUCGGGCUGCGACCCGAGCAUCAUGGGAAUCGGCCCCGUUCCGGCCAUCACAGAGGCUCUGAAAAAAGCCGGACUAUCGCUUAGUGACAUGGACCUGGUGGAGGUGAAUGAGGCUUUUGCUUCCCAGUACUUGGCUGUGUCCAAGGCCCUCGGACUGGAUCCAGAAAAAAGCAACGUCAAUGGCGGCGCUAUUGCCAUCGGACAUCCUCUUGGCGCUUCGGGGGCUCGCAUCACCGCUCACCUGGUUCAUGAGCUCAGGCGACGAGGCGGCAAGUACGCCGUCGGAUCGGCUUGCAUCGGAGGCGGUCAAGGAAUCGCCAUCGUCCUCGAACAGUGCUGAGUGUGCUGCUGAACCGCUAAGAAAGAGGCAUUCAUACAUGUCCACAUUCAUACAAAAGCUGCUUGCAUACACAUCACAUGGCAUUGUCAUUUACAAGCAUGAAUGAUUGAUUCCUGGUUUAUUCUGGGACAUACCAUCAAAUAGAUCAUGAUUUAAGGUCAGAUUGUGUUUUCCUUUUACCAACAUCAGUCAAUUUAUAAAAAAAUUAUGUAUGACAAGUUGCAGUCCUGUGUUGCCUUACUUUGAUAAAUUAAUGACUUCUUACUUUCUUGGUAUUACACCCUAAUGGAUCAUUUUGUGUUUAUUUGAACUCUUGGGAUACAUUAAAUUGCAUACAUGGGUGUGUAUAGUAAACAAUUGCCAUGUAUUUUGAUCACUCAAUCAAUGAUCAUUAGUACUUUUCAUCUGAAAUAUUUUGUAUUUCUUUGUUGGGUUGUUGUGUUCUUAAUAAAUGACAUGUUUGGAAAA